UUCCAUUGGUUUACAUUUCGGGCCAGCGAGUUGGGCUGCUUGGAUAUUAUAUUUACUAUCAGCAUACAAUGAAACCUUUCGUUAAAACAUCGAGACUAACAUUUACAAAAUAAAUUGUGCUACGCCAAGUGCAGCUCGAGUAUCAGAAAUCAGUGGAAAUUAUAAAAGAAACUACGCAGUUUCUGUGCUGUUACCAAAAAAUCAAUAAGCGUGUAAAAUUUGUAAACACGCCAAGCCCCCGUAACGCGCAGCUCCAGUCGAGCCCCCCGCCCACUCACACACACACACACAAACACACAAACACACAAACAGAGAGUCAGUGAGCUGUGUCCGGGCAAUUAGCCAAGAGGCUAAUCACAAGUCAGCUGCAAAAUGUUGUUUAAGCUGUUGCCGCUCCAGCUGCUCCAUCUGCUCCAGCUGCCGCUGCUCCUCAUGGCAGCUGCCGGGCAGCCGGAGUACGCGGCCAGCGCCACGCAUCGGCUGGCCAAGCGCAUGGAUCUGGAAGUUUGCAUAGGCCACUUCGAUGUGCACAAGAACACAAUCAUCCGCACGGGCGAGUCCCAGGCGAUUGGCGGCAAGUAUCUGCAGGGCCUGGAGCUGGACACGCUGGAGGAGUGCGAGCGUCUGUGCUGCGAGACGGAUGCCUGCGAUGUGUACAUCUUUGAGCGCAAGUCGGGCGGCUAUUGCUACCUUUUCGAGUGCGGUCCGCCCGAGAAUUUCCACUGCAAGUUCACGCGACAUGCGAACUACACGAGCGCCGUGCUGACACCGCAGGUGCGCAGCUCCAUGGAGCUGGCCAGCACGCCCCGUCCCCAGCUGCCGCACAUACCCAGCAACAAUAUCUCGCAGCAGGAGUGGGAGCUGAGCAACCUGAAGCUCAAGCCGGAAGCGCAGCGCGACAAGCCCAGCAUUGCGAUCAUGCCCACAGCGGGCAGCUCUCAGUCAGUGGGCGUGGCGCAGACCGCACUGGCUGCAGCAGCAGCGGCUGCACCUCAAAGCGUGCCCGCCCCUCACUGCGGCCGCUUCCAGUUCAGCUGCCACUCGGGCGAGUGCAUUGCCGUUUACAAUGCCUGCGACGGCAUUCCCCAGUGCGAAGAUGGCAGCGACGAGGGACCGGAAUGCAAUGCUGUUGCCAUAAAGCCCAGUAGCAACAGCAACAGCAACAGCAACAACAAUAUGGAGCAAUAUCAGCCAGUGCCGCCCAUACAACAACAGUUGCAGACAGCACAGCAGCAACAGCAACAACAACAGCAGCACGUUAUAGUGCUUGGUCCCCCACCGCCACCACCACCUCCACCGCCCAUGGUUAACAAUCGAGAGGAUGCCUCCGCCUGGGCUAAUCGCAAGCUAAUUACCGAGACGCAGCAGCAACAACAACAGCAGAAGCCACAAGAGAUUUUGAAUAUGGAUGAACAGCUAAACAGUCACAUAUUCAAUCAUAAAGGCGGCCUCCAACUCCAGCAGCAGCAGCAGCAGCCGUCGACAAAUAGUCAGGGGCAGGUUCAGGGCCAGCCGCCCCCACCUGCACCGCUGGCACCACAGUCGCCACCACAGCUGCAGUUGCCGUCGUAUAAUACUAAUAAUAAUGCAGCGCCCGCUGGUGCCGCUUUGUAUGGCAUGUCGCUGCCACGCUCAGGAAUUUAUCUGCAGCAACAGCAGCAGCAGCAGCAGCCGAUGCCGCAGCAGCAACAGCCUCAGCAAGUUGUUAACUGGCCACAAGUUGUGGCGCCGCCAGCUCAAAUUGCUGUGCAGCAGCCGCAACAGCAGAGCCACGCCUACAUAACCGCUGCAGCAAUACCAGCACCAGCAGCAGCACCAGCUCAGCCAGCGCCAGCGGCAGCACAGUCGCCACAGCAAGCCAUGUUGCCAGUGUUGAAUGCAGCGCCCACUCAUGACAAGAAUCAGGCAGCUGACGAGGAUUACGAUGACUACGAGGAGGAUAAGUCUACAGAGCCGCCCAAGAAGAAGCAGCACAAGCACAAGAAAGCCAAGAGCAAGACGGCCAAGGAUCCCAUCGAGCUGGCGCUGGAGCAGAACAAGCAGCAGCAGCAGCAACAGUUGCCGGCGCCCGUUGGUCCCGUGCACGAGCAAUACAAGCUGAUACACGAGAAUCUGGCGCUGGAAUUCCGAGAUCACGAUGGUCACUCCGAGCGUCCCGGCGGUGCGGUGCUCUCCCUAACCCUGGGCCUGCUCGUCACUGCGGCGCUCUCCAUUCUGAUUGGCUGUCGAAUGCGCACAGUGGGGCGACGAGCACGUCGCAUGGGCGGCAAGACGCCCUACUCCCAGGAGGCUGACUUCCUCGUCAAUGGGAUGUAUCUAUAAAGCGGGGAAUCUGUCGUAGUUUACCACAUCAAUAUACAUACAUAUAAAUAUAUAUACCGAUUUUUGUGCCAGUCUCGUUAGGGUUGGGGGUUUUUGGUCUCAUAUGCGCAGCUUGCCUCAAGCAGUCUGAUGCCAUAUGAUCCAAAGUUAGUUAAUAGAAUUGAAUGUCAAACAUAUUUUAUAUAAACAAUUA